UCAGCCCCCGCCUUGCGUCACGUCCGGCCUGCGAGUUACCGCCCACUGGCUGCGGCGCUGCUGGCUCCAGGCCGCCCUCCGGAUCCGAUCCUGCGAAUGGUUUUGGCCACAUCUUCAUGCUGGGCUUCAUCACCAGGCCUCCUCACAGAUUCCUGUCCCUUCUGUGUCCCGGACUCCGGAUACCUCGACUCUCAGUACUUUGUGCUCAGCCCAGGCCCAGAGCCAUGGCUAUCUCCUCUUCCUCCUGCGAACUGCCCCUGGUGGCUGUGUGCCAGGUAACAUCGACGCCAGACAAGCAACAGAACUUUAAAACAUGUGCUGAGCUGGUUCGAGAGGCUGCCAGACUGGGUGCCUGCCUGGCUUUCCUGCCUGAGGCAUUUGACUUCAUUGCACGGGACCCUGCAGAAACGCUACGCCUGUCUGAACCACUGGGUGGGAAACUUUUGGAAGAAUACAGCCAGCUUGCCAGGGAAUGUGGACUCUGGCUGUCCUUGGGUGGUUUCCAUGAGCGUGGCCAAGACUGGGAGCAGACUCAGAAAAUCUACAAUUGUCACGUGCUGCUGAACAGCAAAGGGGCAGUAGUGGCCACUUACAGGAAGACACAUCUGUGUGAUGUAGAGAUUCCAGGGCAGGGGCCUAUGUGUGAAAGCAACUCUACCAUGCCUGGGCCCAGUCUUGAGUCACCUGUCAGCACACCAGCAGGCAAGAUUGGUCUAGCUGUCUGCUAUGACAUACGGUUCCCUGAACUCUCUCUGGCGUUGGCUCAAGCUGGAGCAGAGAUACUUACCUAUCCUUCAGCUUUUGGAUCCGUUACAGGCCCAGCCCACUGGGAGGUGUUGCUGCGGGCCCGUGCUAUCGAAACCCAGUGCUAUAUAGUGGCAGCGGCACAGUGUGGACGCCACCAUGAGAAGAGAGCAAGUUAUGGCCACAGCAUGGUGGUAGACCCCUGGGGAACAGUGGUGGCCCGCUGCUCUGAGGGGCCAGGCCUCUGCCUUGCCCGAAUAGAUCUCAACUAUCUGCGACAGUUGCGCCAACACCUGCCUGUGUUCCAGCACCGCAGGCCUGACCUCUAUGGCAAUCUGGGUCACCCACUGUCUUAAGACUUGACUUCUGUGAGUUUAGACCUGCCCCUCCCACCCCCACCCUGCCAUUGUGAGCUGGUGCUCAUGUGACUUGGAGGCAGGACCCAGGCACAGCUCCCCUCACUUGGAGAACCUUGACUCUCUUGAUGGAACAAGAUGGGCUUCUUGGGAAAGAAACUUUCACCUGAGCUUCACCUAAGGUCAGACUGCAGUUUCAGAAAGGUGGAAUUUUAUAUAGUCAUUGUUUAUUUCAUGGAAACUGAAGUUCUGCUGAGGGCUGAGCAGCACUGGCAUUGAAAAAUAUAAUAAUCAUAAAGUC